UGGUCUUCUUGCUUCCAACUCGCCGAGAUGAAGAGCGUCUUCCCCCUCGCCGUGUGCCUCCUCUUCGGCGCCAGUAAUGCCCAUCACUACCAGUAUCCUCGGCAAACCCUCGGGUAUGCGUGGCAGGGACAUAGUUACUUCUUCCCUCCUGGGGUCUCAGCAGGGCCUAUGGGAUGCGCCAGCAUGGGCCAAGGAUGCGUGCAAAGCAUCAUCGACAGCAUGAACUGCCAUCACGGAACAUAUGAGGAUGUGUGCAACAUGUGCCAGUGUGCCAGGGGACCGAACGAGGGCUUUUCUACCUUCAGUAAUAUACAAGAGCUCGGGUAUCAAGUGCAAAGACCUGGGCCCACGCACCCUCUGAUGGCCGCGAGACCCUUUCCGUUUGGAGUCUUAGUAGGGUCUCAGCGAUGUGGCAGCAGGAUCGGCCAAGGAUGCGCGCAGAGCAUCGUCGACAACAUGAACUGCCCACACGAAACAUAUGUGGAUAAGUGCAACAUGUGCCAGUGUGCUAAGGGACCGAACGAAACCUGCGGUGGAGCUUGGGGCGAGCACGGCAGGUGCAUCGCAAAUCUCCACUGCUUCAACAAGAACGAGCCUCAUUCUGCUGGCAAAUGCAUGUCCCACAUCGGUGUCUAAACGCAGGUCUGUUGCAGAAGUUGGAUCCAUUUCUCUGAUCACGGCGACGCAUGUCCUUUGGAAUUUGCAGAUAAUGCCAAAAUCAUUUUCCCCAUUUUAUCUUAUACCAUGGAGAAAUAAGAUUAAAGAUUUGAAAGUACA